AAUUAAAAAUAUUUCUGAGGCAUAAUAUUCCUCUUUUGCACGUCAACAGAUGGGUUGUAACCGGUCGGUCUUUGAAUAGCAAACUAGCAACUAUUUUAGCUUGCUAGCAACUCUUAACACAAGAUAAAACAUGGCAGGGCACGACGCUGGAACUCAACACCAGUUCACUGGCCUGGCGAAGUACUUCAAUGCGUACACCAUUACAGGAAGGAGGAAUUGUGUGCUGGCUACCUAUGCAGGGAUUGCUGCAAUUGUCCUUAUAUUUAAGUUGAAGCCAAAGAAAGAGAAGCAGGUUACAGCAAGUUAAAUAGUGGGAUUCCUGGCUGUGCUCUGUUGUAUAGAGCGAUGAGUAGUUUGCUAGAUGUCUUUUUAUGAAGAUGCCAACACUUGAACAUUGUGGUUAUGCCAUGUUAAAUAAAGACAA